UGAGAGAGAGAGAGAGAGAGAGAGAGAGAGAGAAAGAGUUGGCAUGAUUUGUUUGCUGAUCAGAGCCAAUAGAAAGCUUGCAGUGUGAUAAGAUCCACAUGUGAGUAACGGAGAGCAGCCAGAGUUCAAACAGAGAGAGAAAGAGAGAGAGAGAUUUAUAGAGUCAGAUCGAGAAAUCAGCAUCAAAGUGUCUGUAGAUCACUCCGAGAAUCAGUCAUACAGGAAACAGUCACGUCUGGGUACCAGAGAUACAUCCAUCUAUCCAUCCAGAGAAACCUGAGGAACCUGCUCGUCUUCAUGUCCACAUCUCCAACACCUCAGAAUACAUCUGGAACACUGACGUCAGGAUGAGCUGCAAGGUUGCGUUGUGGCUGCUGUUCGCGGGCGUGCUGUGUGGUGUAUGUGACAGCCGUAAGAAUCGUCCGCAGAGCUCCAUCCCCUCACCGAACAAAACCAACGCAAACACCUCGGACCGCCGCACUGGCAAACAGGAAGUGCUGGCCUCCAGCCAGGAAGCUCUGGUGGUGACAGAGAGGAAGUACCUGAAGAGCGACUGGUGUAAAACUCAACCGCUGCGACAGACGGUCAGUCAGGAGGGCUGCAAGAGUCGAACAGUCAUCAACCGCUUCUGCUACGGCCAGUGCAACUCCUUCUACAUCCCGCGGCACGUCAAGAAAGAGCAGGAGUCGUUUCAGUCAUGUGCGUUCUGCAGGCCGCAUCGCUUCACCACGCUCACAGUGGAGCUCGACUGUCCAGACCUGCAACCGCCGGUCUGUUACCGCAAGAUCCAGCGUGUAAAACAGUGUCGCUGCAUGUCCAUGAGCGUCGCAGAGUCUGGAAAACAAUGAGACUACACUGAGACACCAAAACAAAAACUAAAUUUUUUUCGCAUUUCUGCCCGCACUGGUUGCUAUUCCAAACCGAGAGGCACAUGGACGCCUUCAUGACAGCGAUUGUACAGGAACUGGGACUGACCAGCAUCCUCUAGAAAACAUUGGCUGCCUUGAGAGAGUGACUUUGAUUUGAUACAACUAAACCGAGUGAUACGAAAUGCCCAGGUCACUUUCACUCGUGACACGCCUACAGAGUGGCUAAAGACUGUUUGCAAGUGUGCGUUAUUGUGUGGAAACUGGACUGCAUGCAGUUGGUCAGGCUGCUGAUUUCUCGUUGAACUUUGAGCAUCUGCAGAACUGAAACGACAGACUUAAAGCAGGCGGUGCUUCAGCUUGUGUGAUGUUUAAAUGGUAGUCAACAGAAAACUAACUAAUGUAUAACUAGAUAGAGAUUCUAUAGAACUAUGGUACAGUAAAUGUAUUUAUCUAGAGAAAGAAGUGAAGUCUAUAUUAAAACUAUUUCUAGUAGAGUCGUGUUUUCUUGUUUUGACAUUAAGAGGGGAAAUUGUGGAUUUGA